AUGCAAAAUUAUAUACCGUUCACAUGCGUCACUUCAGUUUUCGACUCCAACGCCAAUGGGAUACCUGACAUACUGGAACUGAAUGAUACCGACGGUGACGGAAUUAUUGAUUUGUACGACACUGAUGAUGAUAAUGACGGCAUUCCAGACGACAAAGGGAUCCUCGAUGUUGACGAAGAUGACAACAAUAAUGGUAUUCCUGACAAGCUAGAACAACUGGACUCCGAUAAUGACGGUGAGCUUAACUCUGAUUUUUAG